GGCCGGUCGAGGAGCAGUAAGCGGCCGACCAGAGGCUGAAGUUGGAGGCGUAGAAGGGAGCCAGCCCGGCUGCGAACAUCCUGCCGGGGAGUCCGUGUCCUCGGCAAAGCCCCUCAUCUUUCUUGGACCCUUGCCCAAAUGUUGCCACCCUGAGUCCCAGCCCAACUCAGCACCACGUCCGCCCUGUGCCUCCCUGGAGAUCCUCGGGGAAGCGAGAAGGAGGGGUGACCGCAAAUUAGUUUUAUUCUGAGCUGUCACACAGUGACAACUUGAACGAGUGACUUUUCAAACAAAAUAAGACGGAUGGCUCCAAACGUCUCCCUUAGACGCAGCCAAACCUUUUCCCGGAGCCUCAGAGGCUACAAAACAGGCUGCCUCCAGAAACCCGGGAGCGGCACGCGCGUCCCUCCUUUGCAGGAGGUUGUAGGAAAUGUCAGCCUCCCUCCUCCACCACAUCUCCGGAUCACGUGGGGUUCGUUGUUUUGCAAGUGCCCACAAGAGCAGAUUUCCGUGGGGUUCAAUAUUGCUUUCAAUUCUGUGACAGCUUCCCCAGGAACCCCUUGGGCCUGGUCGCAGGAGGAGCUGCAGUGGUGGUCAACGUCUUCCAUUCGUGCCUUCGGUCUUUAGAACGCAGGGUGGUGGUAGUGGGGAUUUUGUGCAACAUCAACAUCUCUAUUUUAAGAAUUUGUUCUCUUUUAAAUUAUAGUCAGAAUGGAUUUCCCCACCCCUCUCCCAAACAAACCACAGGCCACCCAGAUAAGCUGUUUUUGCACAUUUUCAGGAAGAAAAUAAAAUAAUACGAAUAAUGAAACCACGAAAUCUUUUGUUUUCGAUUGCCCUAAUAAGCAUCUCCUAACAGAGAUUCUGUGGCAUUUUUAUUUCCCUUCAGCACGAAGGCUCCUCACCAAAUAAACUCAGAAAGGCAAGUGAACUUGCCAUGCCUAUCUCAAGUUCAGGGUUUGGACUUACAAAAUUAAUUUCUGGUGGCUUCUCUAGCCCCUUGAUGCAGAUGCUAUCCUUUUAAGCUUUUGACUUUCUCCUGGAAAAUUUCAAUCACUUCCGAUCAGCCAGCACUAAGAUCUCUCCCUCUCCCUCUCUCCCCCUCCUCCCGCCCUCCAGCUCUCCCGCUCUCCGUCUCUCUUUUAUUGCAAGGUUUUCUUCCCCUGCUCCACGCAGCCAGGAGAGAGGUGCUAUUUCCAGAGACAGAUGGGUGUGUUUGGCUGAGGGUAAGGAUACCUGGGGCGACAGACGUAAUAAGACCAGUCUUUCGGUGUCAAGCUGAAGGCAAAGGAGCGACAAGUACAACAUGGGCAAUUGAGGCGCUGGCUGAGGGUUCUGGUGAGCCUUCGGUGUGAGUGUGCGUAGCGGAGGCCGUGAGCCCUCUCCUUUCUAGUGCCACUUCCAGUUUGAUUGUGAUUCUAAUUUGACUGCAAACAUUUAGACCUCGGCCUAAGCCCAAACUCACGGUUGUGAAAGAGGUGCAUUUACUCCUUACCGAGGCAGCGCCGCGCGCCCUCACCCUCUCUCUUAAGAAAUAAGACUCCCCUAUCCGCAUUCAUCCUUUCCAAGGUUUGCGACGCUCCGGGUUGGGUACGGGAUGAAGACCCGGGGGAAUGCGGGCCCUCGCGGGUUCCCUGAGGUGCCCACAACUCGCAUCUGCCGAGAUUCAAGGCCCGGAGCGCCGGGCAGAUGUGGCAAAAGCGAGGCCCCGAGGCCCGCCGACUCCUUGCUGCGCCGCGAGCCUCCCUUUCUCCGCCAGGCCAGUGGCUGGAUUGCAAGUUGCAACUUCGCCCGCGCGCCCCUUGCUCUCCCAGGCCUCGGCUUCCUUGCAAUCGCAUCGGCGCCAUCCAAGGCCUUACUCCCAGCUCCCGGAGGCAAACGCGAAAAGCAAGUCUUUGGAGCGACCCCCGCCGCCCCCUCUACCGCUUCCCCAGGCCCAAGCCUGGCCCCUGCAGGCCCCUCGCCGAGUUCUGAGCCCGCAGACUCCCGCCCUCCUUACUCCCCACUCUUCAGAACCAAGAAAGCAGCAGGAAACCCUGGGCUCGCCGGAGUUCAGGUCAUCUCCUGUUUUUUGAUGGGCUCAAACUCGGACUAAAUGAGCGGAUGUGCCUGCGAGAUUGGUCUCAAAAUAGAAGCGGCCUUAGUAUUUUAGGAUACUGCAGAAAUCCUUAUUUCUUCCGGAGAAAAACUCUAUAAUGACUCCUAGCACUUCCCCUUUCAAUAUUUGUGCAACUUUAUCUCCACCGGCAAGUUGCUCGGGUGACGCAAAUCCGCCCUUGUGUAUUACAACUACCAAAAUAAAUGCACGGAAAUCAAUUCCCUUCUAGCAAUGAAAAUAUAAAUAUACAGCUGCGACUUUCCCCUUUAAUCUUUGCUUUCCGAGCGGCUCUGGGCUGUGGCGAAAUGAACUGGCCCAGAGCUAUUGAGCCGGGCAGGGAGGUCCUGAGGGCAGAGGCGAGGGCUCCCCAGGGCCUGGUAGCCAUGGGGGUUGAGGAUCUAACAGGAAAGAAAAGCGCCUGGC